GUCCCUCCAAAAGGACGACCUCUAGCUAUUCCCCGGACUGCCUCUAGUCCCUCCCUCUUCGCAUUCACCGCAGCCACUCCCAGCGUCGGCUUAUCACAUAUACGUGUGCCUGCUGGCAGGUCUCUUCUUACGACCAUAACAGCAUCUUUUGCAAAAAGGCUUCGACUCCCAAUCACUUUAGAAACAACCCCGUCUACACAAUCUAAUGAGCAAAGCGCCAUUAACGUCUGUAGCAAAGCCAGCCGGUCCGCUCUCGAAAAACAACGCUUGGGCCAAGGGUCCGCCCCCUCCAUCGUCCACAUCCACAUCUUCCGCCCCUUCGCCUCGUCCACAAUCACCAGCCGUAAACCCUUCCCAGGCCACCUCGCAGACACACUCGAGACGAUCUUCGCAGCAUGCAAGCUUCAAGGACGCCGUCGGUGUUGGAAUCGCGGGUGGGUCAAGAGGCAAUGUUCCGACCAGGACGACGACAAAUCCGAUAAACUUCGGCACCGUCAAUGGUUCCGCCUCUGACAAAACCAACACUACUUCUUCUCCGGCCACAUCGCCGGCCCCUGCACCGCCUAGCUCUAAAACAGAGUCACGACAGCCUGUGCAGUCCUUUGGCUCGAUCGAAGCAACUCAGAGCAGUAUGCCGACGACGGCUAAGCCGUCCGUGUCGUCUGCCUCCUCUGUAUCGUCUGCUACUGCAUCUUCUUCGGCGGCGUCUGCUUCGUCGGCGACGUCAAUAUCGACUGCGACGUCCGCCACAACCCCCCACAACAAACCAAAGGUCGACGUUAGCGCCCUAUUCCGUGGGACUAAUAAUGGCGGCGACGCAAAAACAUCGUCUCCUGUAACUUCCUCAUUCCCUGAGAGCGUGGCUUCUCCGCCAAUGCGCUCAAAUACCUUAUCGCCCGCCGUACCUCCUACUCACACUCAAAAUCCUCCCGGACCUCCCCCGCACGGUCCACACCCCCACGCACAACCCCAUCAGCAACAUCCACAAGGGUAUCCUCAGCCGUUCAUCCCUGCGAAUAUGCGCAAUCAGGGAGCCGGAGGCGGACCCCGAUCGCCGUCCUUCCAACGAGGGAUGCCGAAUGGUGCUGGCGGUAGACCGCCCGUGACUAAUCCGCCUCCCGGUGCGAAUAAUAGCAACGUGCCCUCUCCUCGGCUUGCACCGCCGCAACCGCAUAUGCCACAUCAACAGCAUCAGCACCAGCACCAGCAGGCUGCCCCAGUUCAAGGCAUGCCUCCGCAUGCGCAAAUGCAGGCUGUUCCUGGAUGGCCUGGUUACUAUUAUCCCUACAUGCCUGGUAUGCCGAUGCAAGCUAUGCCCGGUGUUGAGCAUUACAUGCAAUACCAACAGCCAGGUUGGCCUAUGCAUCCACCCCAGCACCCCCACCAACCGCCGUCCGGCGCCAGCGGACCGCCGCAGACCCCCCUUUCGCACUCCCACGGUCUACCCGUGGCUUCGCCGCGUGUCCCACCUCCCCCGUUGCAAGCGCCGGGAACUCCACCUGCGGGAGUUCCAGCUCCCCUUCCUAGCGCUGGUCCGCGUCUAAAUUCCAAUGCCAGCGCCUUUGUCCCUUCGGGAGCGCAGAUGCAGUCUCAACGCCCGAACAGAGUAGUUAUUAAGGAUGCUUCGGGCCAUGAAGUCGACUUGAAUGGGCUUCGAAAGCAGGGUGCUACUCCUUCAACCACCCCCUCCACUCCUGCCUCCGACAAGAAUGGUCGACGGACGACGGCCAUUCGGCUGGAGUCGGAGGAGAUGCGACUGAAGAGGAUCGCUGACGAGGAACGGGAGAAGAAAGCGAAAGAGGAGGGCGAGCGGAAGAAACGUGAGGCGAAGGAGGCUGAGGAGAGGAAACGCCAGGAGGAGGAAGCCAGGGCGAAGGCUGCCGAGGAGGAGAGGAUACGAGCUGAGGAAGACAGGAAGCGCAAGGUAGAGGAGGAGCGGUUGCGCAAGGAGGAGGAAGAAAAGGAGCGGUUACGAUUGGAGGAGGAGGAACGAAAGAGGAAGGAGGAGGAAGAGGAGAGGCAGCGGUUGCGCAAAGAGGAAGAAGAAAAGGAGCGACUCCGAAAGGAAGAGGAAGAGCGGGUGCGUAAGGAAGAGGAGGAAUGCGCACGAAAGGAGGCAGAGGAGCGGGAACGACAGGAGCAGGAAGAACGUCAACGUAGAGAGGAGGAGGAACGUCAGCAAAAGGCUGAAGAAGAGGAACGUCAACGGAAAGAGGAGGAAGAUGCGAAGGCAAAAGCUGAGGCUGAGGCGAAAGCCGAUGUUGAAAGACCGAAGCCUGCUGCACUUGAAAUUAAAUCGAAGAAAGAGGGUGAUGCUGCUGCACCCGCCUCCGAUGUUCCUCUUUCCACGUCGCCCGAAACCUCCAAGCGACGACCUAUCCCUGGCCCCCUUGACCUCUCAACUACCACCCAUAAAUCCAUACCUCAGCCCCUCCCUUCUGCUCUCGCCACCGCUCGUCACAUUCAGGAUGUUUAUCAGGUUCCCUACCCGGAAGGUAUCAAAAGCCCCAAGCCGGAACUCAACACGAAUGCGAAGGAUGGGAAAUUCAGGUACGAUCGGGAUUUCCUACUUCAGUUUAUGUCGGUGUGUAAGGAGAAGCCGGAUAAUCUUCCGCCUCUCGAGGCCAUUGGCCUUGAGCCUUCCGACCAGUCUCAUUCUAUGGGCCGUGGUGGCUCUGGUCGCCGAGGUGUUUCCGGUGGAAUGGGUCCCCCGUCUUCUACGGCGUCACGACAGGCGUCCAUUGGCCUCGGUAUCGGUGCAUUGAACGGCUUCGGUGGCAAGCCUGGCUCCGGUUUCGCUAUGGGCAACUUUAGUACUGCUCCGAACAAACUUUCGAGUGAAGAGCGAUUUAUACGUUCGACAUCGAUGAGCGGUGGACCCGGUGGACUUCCGUUCCCGGGAGGUCGACCUUCGCCUAUGCAACGUUCUUCGAGCCAGGGAGGACCAGGUGCUAUGGGCAACAAACGGACUCGGAGCAAGCGUGGUGAUGCGACUCGCAAUGAGACGAACCGCAUCAACGCAUCUGCAUCGCAAUACAACCAGAGCGCGACUAUGUCCUUUGAACCCGUGGCUCCACUCGAGCAGUCUGCGAAUCGUUGGGUCGCCGCCAGCACAACUGGUAAGCGAGGUGCUCCUGUUGACCAAGAUUCGCCAGAGGUCGUCGACAAGAAAGUCCGAGCGCUGCUUAACAAACUUACGAUGGAGAAGUUCGAGUCUAUCUCGAACCAGAUUAUCACGUGGGCGAACAAGAGUGAGUCGGAGAAGGAUGGACGUACGCUCAUUCAGGUUAUCCGACUUGUGUUCGAGAAGGCGACUGAUGAAGCUGCGUGGAGCGAGAUGUAUGCUCGAUUAUGCCGAAAGAUGAUGGAGCAAAUUAGCCCGCACGUUCAGGACGAUGGUAUUCGAAACAAUGAGGGCAAGCCCAUCACUGGUGGUCUUCUUUUCCGCAAAUACCUUUUGAACCGGUGUCAAGAAGAUUUCGAACGCGGUUGGUCGCAGAAGGAGUCAACUGCUGCAGCUGCUCUCGUUAAGGCAACCGAAGAUGCAGCAAUCAAAAACGCCAACGACAAGAACAAGGAAGCCGGUGAAGAGAGUGCGCUGUACUCUGAAGAGUAUUAUGCUGCUCAGAAGGCGAAACGACAGGGUCUUGGGCUUAUCAAGUUUAUCGGUGAACUGUUCAAGCUUCAGAUGCUUACGGAGCGAAUUAUGCACGAGUGUAUCAAGAAGCUGCUCAGUAAUGUCGAUAAUCCGGAAGAAGAGGAGAUUGAGAGCUUGUGUAAGCUUUUGACUACUGUUGGUCAGGCACUUGAUACGUCGAAGGCUCGAGGGCACAUGGAUGUGUACUUCAGCCGAAUGAAGGAGCUGUCGAAGAGUAGCAACGUUUCUUCUCGAAUGCAGUUCAUGUUACAAGAUGUCAUUGAAUUGCGAGAACGGAAAUGGAUACCUCGUUCUCUGACUAAUGCUCCAACGACGCUCGCGCAAGUACACGAGACGGCUGCGAAGGAGAAGGCACAACAAGAACAGCAUAAUUUGGCACGUUCAGCAAUGUCUCGUGGUGGUUCACGUCGUGGGCAGGACCGGGAUGGAAAUGCUCAAGUUGGAGCUGAUGGUUGGGCUGUUGCAUCUGGUCCUUCACGACCACCCAACAAAGCAGGAGACUUGACGAACUUCGGCAAGAUUCAAAAGGGUAGCACGAUGACCUUUGGACCAUCUAGUGUUUUCACAAAGAAGGGCGACACGAAGCGUGAUAGCGCAAGCCUUUCUCGGGCGAGCUCGAAUACGAAUAUGUUCCAGAUGUUACAGGCUGCUGAGGCAGCGGGAGAGACUCCUGUUGCUGUUGCUUCUACCUCUUCUCGAGCGAGUCGACCGUCAAGUCGGACGGCGAGUGUUGAUUUAACUCACGGCGGCGCACCUGCGGAGUCUGCUGCACCUACUCAACGACCCAAGUUGAACUUGCUUCCUCGAUCGAAGCCAUUACUGGAGAGAUCUGAGCCUAGCCCCGCCAAAAGUCACGAGGACGAAGAAGGCGAGGAGGGUGAGAUUCUCGAGGAUACCGGGAAGGCAUCGAUGUCGAAAGAAGACGCGGAGAAAAAGGUCGAACAAGAUAAGAAAGAGUUCUUCGCUAUUCGUGAUCUCGCCGAAGGCGAAGAAUAUUUCUCCGUUCUUCCCUCAGAACAUAGACAUAUCCUCGUCGAAAAGCUCAUCUUAUACGCUCUCGAAGCAAAGGAGGCCGACGCAAAGCUCGUAGCAGACUUAUUCGAGCGGGCGGUAUCGAGGAACCUGUGUUCGCCUGCGAGUUUCGAAGAAGGGUUUGGGGUUGCUGCGGAGGUGUUGGAUGAUAUUGCUAUUGAUGCGCCGAAGGCGUUUAGUUUGAUGGCUAUUAUGAUGAAGGGAGCAAAAUUGGAUGUAGAUGAGGAACGACGGACGCGAAUAGCUAGCAAGUCCAUGGACAGUGAGAAGCUGCUUGGUCUUUUAGCUUAGGUGUUUUUUUUAUUAGAUUUCUUUAGUUGCCGUUUUCUUUUCUUUUUUUUCCUUUUACCUACUUUAGCUGUUGUUAUAUAUUUCCUCAUCGGCACUAGUUUUUUGCAUCUCACGCGCAUUUCACACACCGUCGUCGUCGUUCAUCCUCAUCGUCGUUUCUCAUUGUCAUCGUCAUCGCAAUAUUAUUCCUUCCGCACUUCUCUUCUCUCCUCAUCAGCGUCAAUAUGUGUCACUGCGUAAUCGUAUACAUCUUGUCUUGUCUCUUGCUCUCGCGUCACAUCCCAUUCUUCUCCUUUAUUCUUUUCUUUUCUCAGCUUAUUCGCACGCUUAUUUGUUGUGCCCUUAUGCCUUACUUAUUAUUUCUUUACUUCUCUCUUCUUACUUUCUCUUACUUUCUCUUAUUCCUUUUUACUUUUUACUUUUUUUCUAGUUUUCUGAGUUUAUCUGUUUUAGUUCGUAUACAUACGCGUACUAC